CUUCUCCACACCCCUCAGUCUCACUCAACUUUCUUCUUUCUCUCUCAUCAAACUCACAGCCUUAAGCCUACCCUCCCAUUAACCAUAAUUAAUAUGUAAUUAGCAUUGAUUCAGAGCUCAAGCCUUUUUUUUUUUUUUUUUAGUUUAGUUUUUUACCGACAACCCGUACGAAACCGGAGAAGUUGUUCCCGCUAAAAUCCGGGCGGAAUGCAACCGGGAGAAGCGGUUUCCCGGUCAGCCCUCGACAAACCCCUUCAUCUUCUUACUGAAGAUGACAUUUCUCAGCUCACCCGCGAAGACUGUCGCCGUUUCCUCAUACAGAAAGGAAUGAGAAGGCCGUCGUGGAACAAGUCUCAGGCGAUACAGCAGGUGAUCUCGCUCAAAGCGCUUCUCGAAACGACGUCGGAUUCGAACGCCGACGGCGAACAGGGGAAGCUUCAAAACCUAACGCCUAAACACGGCCAUUCAGAUUCCGAUGCUCCCGAUACUGAGGCGUCGGUGUUAAAUGAAGAAUCCGUUCCGAAUCCCGAUGUUUCCGGGGACAAAAUCGCUGACCCUCAAAACGACUCCGUUUCUCCCCGUAUUGUGGAAGUAACAAAUGAACCAGUAGGACAGAUGACAAUCUUCUACAGUGGGAAAGUCAAUGUUUUUGAUGAUAUCUCAGGGGAAAAGGCUCGCAUAAUAAUGCAGCUUGCUGCAAGUCCUCUCUUUUUGCCUCAUGCAGCUCCAUCUGAAGUGAUCUCGGCGCUAUGGCCCUUUCAGAGUCAAUUACAGGCUGCUGGCAUCAAAUUGGUUUCAACUUCUCCGACUGUGAUCUCUCAGAAGCUGCAAACAGUUGCAGAUAAAGAUCAGGUCCACAGAGAAGGAAACAACAAAUCUCCUGAAGACAAUCCUGCAGCUACAAGUAGAAAAGCAUCGGUGCAGAGGUUUCUUGAGAAGAAAAAAGACAGGUUUAAGCACAAGGGGAAGGUAGCAGUGCCGUCUUCUGCUAGCUUGGAUGUCUAUUUGAACCAUGUGGAGGGAGAUCAAUUACUGACCGCACAGUUGAACCUGAGUGAUGCUACCUCUCCCUCUCAACCCCAACCACCUCAGAUGCCUACCAGGAGCAACUCGGUUGGAAAUAACUAUAACAAAUAGCAGUCUCCACAAGAUGACCAAAAAGAUUGUCGAGAGUGCGGAAAAUGGGGAUCAAUAAUGUUGCAUGGUGGUUAAGGACUUGCAUGGAACCAUCGCCAUCCGGGAAGUGUAGUUGCUCAAUACUUCUUAGAGAAGUGGUUUUCUAGAAGAGUGUUGGUUAGUUUUUGUAAUUUAAGCUAGAUGAAUAUACAAUCAUCUCUGAUGUGUAUUCAAAUAGGUCUUAUUAGUACAACUAUGUUGCUCCUACUGCUACUCAAAACAUCUAAUUGUACAUUAGCUAAUUGUGUGGAAUCUUCAAUUGAAGAACCUAGUCAGUUUUGAAGAUGUCCCACAAAACCAUUUGCAACAAAAGGCAAAUUUUCAGUUUGGGCCGACUCACUUUUGGGCUAUACUGAACUGAAGUCCGGACUAUGUCAUUUUCAGAAUCCAACUCAUGCUUCUUUUGU